AUGGCCCAUGGACAUGAAUGUGAACAUGGUUAUAUUAAACCUGAACUUCCAGAUUAUAAACAGUGGAAGAUAAAAGGAAAACCAUUAGAAUCUGUCCAGGGGAAGUUGGCUGCCCGAGGCCUAAGGGAUCCAUGGGGCUGCCAUGAAGCUUGGAGAUGCAUCGGUGGUUUUGCAAACAGUGUUUCCUUUGGUGCAUUAUUAAAACAAUUCAAAUAUGGAUUUGCUGCCUUUGUGGUAGCUAUAGGGGCUGAUAAUGCUGAAUAUUUAUCCUGGUGUCUCCAUGGGCCACGUCCCCACCAGGUGUUACCAGUAUGUAAGAACAAGUUGUAUCCAAAGUCUCCCUUCUGCAGAGGUGCCCCUGACGCCAAGAUCCACAUCUUUGACCUGGGACGGAAAAAGGCAAAAGUGGAUGAGUUCCCACCAUGUGGCCACAUGGUGUCAGAUGAAUAUGAGCAGCCUUCCUCUGAAGCCACGGAAACUGCCCGAGUUUGUGCCAACAAGUACAUGGUGAAAAACUGUGGCAAAGAUAUUUUUCACAUCCAAGUGUGGCUCUACCCCUUCCACGGCAUCCAUAUCAACAAGAUGUUGUCCUGUGCUGGGGCUGACUGGCUCCAGACAGGUAUGCGGGGUGCCUUUGGAAAGCCCCAGGGCACAGUGGCCACGGUCCACAUUGGCCAAGUCAUCACCUCCAUCUGUAGGAAGCUGCAGAACAAGGAGCAUGUGAUUGAGGUCCUACACAGGGCCAAGGUCAAGUUCCUUGGCCGCCAGAAGAUCCGCAUUUCCAAGAAGUGGGGCUUUACUAAGUUUAAUGCGGAUGAAUUUGAAGACAUAGUGGCUGAAAAGCAGCUGAUCCCAGAUGGCUGUGGGUCAAAAACAUCCCUAAUCGUUGCCCCCGCUGGACAGAUGGCGGGCUCUGUGCUCAUGCGAACCUCAGCACUGCCUCCUCCUUAUUCACGCCAGCCAAUAAAUCCUACUUCUUGCAAAAAUAAUAAUAAUAAUAAUAAUAAUAAUAAAAACAAUAAGUACCAGUUCCUAAAUAUUUAA